AUGAAGACGUUUCGACAUACGACUGCCAUGGUUUGCCUGGCUCGUUUGUUGCCACAAGCCUGGGGCGCUCCUGCUUUUACAGACUACGACUGCGCGUCAGUGCGCUCACGAGGAAGCAUCAUCGACUGGAACAGCGUGUACGAGCGUGUUCAAGCAAAUUUGUCUGAAAAGCCGGUCGAAACGGAUUUCUCCUUUCCACGCGGCUUGGAGUAUUUAGUGGUCGAAGCAGGUCUGGAGACAGAAAUGACCAGAUCCUACUCGAUUCCUGAAAGAUCGCGCGAGGAAUGCCCACUUGGGUCUCUGUGCCUUCUCAUAUUGUACUUCUACGAGCAGGUCGGUCAAAGCCAUUGGGACCAAGACGUAGUAGAUCUAAUCCAAAGCCUCCUCAAAAGCCACACGACGCUGGUCCUUGGCCUUACACGCUGGCCCAUUUUCCCAAUUCUGGCACAUUUCUCACAUUUCUACGACACCAAUGAUCCGACUUUGACAUGUGACCAUGCCAGAGAAGGCGUGAUAAACUGGGUCGAGUGCCGACAGCUCGGCCGGCAAUUUUUGACGGUAUUAUACUCAGAGGAAACCCUGGAGCAAAAUCACAUCCGAAAUGCCUUGGCAAAAGAAGUCCUGGACUGCAGCGAUGAAGCUGCCAUAAAUGCAAGUAUGAGUUUUGAUGAGUGCCCCGUGGGCUUGUUCUUUCUUUUGUCUGUAGGACUGGUUAGCAUAUCUGGUGCUUUAGCCAUGACGGAGCACGUUCCCGGAUACAUGUCGAUCACAGACCAUGCACUGUGGAACAUUCCUUUUCAUGACACUUCCUGCUCACCUUGGCCUGUGUGGCAUGCCCUGGACAUGUUUUACGACAUGAACAAAGGAUCAUGGUUCAGACCCGGCGAUCGCAAGUACAAGCGCUUGUACAGCGACUGGAACCUAAGAAAUGACGAACUCUCCCCCCUGGUGCCCGCCCACAAUGCCUUCCUGUCGCCAGAAUGGACUGCACAGGCUUCCAAGCAGGUAGAAGGGUUGGUGAGCAUGGACCAUACUGGCUAUGCAGAGGCCCUCCUGGCAAAGUCAAUCCGUCGGGAAGACGAAGAGGGACCUUUCAGGCCAAUGGUCCGCAGCUUGAUCCACGCAGCUCAGGCCAUAGCAGCAAUUUCGGAAAAGAAGGGGCUGGCACGGAGGCUGGCGUAUGUGGUGUUGCUGUAUGGCGGAGCUUGGGCUUACCUCUUGGAGCGGUUGGUGCGUCAUUUGUCUUCGCUGCAUGUUGUGUAUCCUCUGGUUGUAAUCGCCAUCGGGGAAGAUGCCGCCAACACGUGCCGGGAGCUAUCAGCUGGCGACUCACCGAAAGCUCACAUACCGGUGAUUUGCUGGACGCCAGACACCCGGUCGCAGGUCCAUCGAUUUACUUGUAUACAUGCACUGCUGCAUCUUGGCAUCGAUGUAAUUUACACGGACAUGGACACCUUCUGGCUCCGAGACCCAACUAGGCGAAUACUGUCUUCAGCCGAAGGGUGGGAUGCGCUCUUUGCCCGCCACGCGGAUGCAGACUGCAUCAACAUCGGCGUGUUCCAUCUCCGAGCUUCAGCUGCGACGGCCCUGUGGAUGUCCCAAUUUGUGGCCUGGUACUACGAGAACCCGCUGGAGAUUGACCAGCGAGGCCUGCAUCUGUUUUUGGGACUCCAUGCCGAGAGAAUAACCGUGAGUUCCUUGCCAAGCGACCUUGUGCAGAUCCGCGGCUCCGUCCUAAAUGACACGAAUGAGGUGGUUAUUGGAGAUGCCGGUUGGGAGGGUUCCUUCUCGAAGAUGCUUGUAUUUCACUGGUGCCACCAGCCUAUAAGAGUAAAGGAGCCCGAGCUCAAUGCAGCUUUUGACGCUUCCGACAACUUGUCGCACCACAAUUUGCCAGUUUCUCUAGCGCUUUCUGUCGUUUCAGCCGCUUUCCACACUCCUUCCGAUGUCGCAUGGGAAGCAGUUCAGAAACUGCGGCAGAUCCUGGAAGUCUACAAAACGAGCCCGAAGCGCCGUACGCCUUGCUGGUAA